GACAUAAAUAGAGCCUGGACAAUUAUGGAAGGUGAAUCAGAAAUGAAUACGAUAGAGAUGGGCUCCCCACGGCCGUAAACGACACGUCGUGGAAUGUGCAAACAGAGCGGGCCAGCGGGGUGUCAAAGUCAACCCAGUUGAGUUGAUGGUGUUUAUCUAUUAUUGAUUGAAGGCCACGUCCUUUUACCCGCCUAAGCAAACACAGCACGUGACAAUCGAUUCUGUAACGCCCAGGCCAGGCCAGGCCAGGCCAGAACAGAGCCAAAUUGCGGCUUCAAAACAAGCAGCUCACGAUAUAACAAGUCAUGUAUAGCAGCAGGAGAGGACGAGGCAAGAUUCUAAGUAAAUCAAGGAAACAUCCUUAGAUCUCGACAAAUCAUAACAAACCCGAAGAUGAUGGAGAAGAGCUUCAAUCUCCUCCACAUCAUCCAAAACAGAAGGGACGGCUAUGGAUUUGCUUUAAGACCUCAACACAUACAAAGAUAUAGAGAGUACGCAAAUAUCUAUAAGGAGGAGGAAGAGGAAAGGUCAUAUAAAUGGAACAACUUCAUUGAACAACAAGCAAAAUCUAAUCAUUCUAGCUCUUCCGAGGAGGAAUGUAGAGAGAAAUUGCAGGCUGAGGCUGAUGAGUUGAGAGAAGAGACUGUUUUUGAAAGGGGCCAGGAGGAGGAUGAUUCAAGUGACAAGAAUUCACAUUCUGAUGGUUCAACCACAAGUUAUCCUGGGAAAGAGGUCAAACUUUCAGAGCAACCUGAGAAGGAGGUGCAACUUUCAGAGGAACCAGAGAAGGAGGUGCAACGAUCAGAGCAACCUGAGAAGGAGGUGCAACUUUCAGAGGAACCAGAGAAGGAGGUGAAACAUUCAGAGCAACCUGAGAAGGAGGACCAUCUUUCAGAGGAACCAAAGAAGGAGGUACAACUUUCAGAGGAACCUCAGAAGGAGGUGCAAGCUUCACAAAUACAAGAAAGGGAGACACUGCUUUCAAAAGAAUCUGACAAGGAGGGGCAGCUUUUAAAAGAAACAAAGGCCAACAAGGUUCAAUCAUGGUCUUGGACGAGACCAUCUCUUCAUGUUAUUGAGAAUAUGAUGAGUUCACGUGUUAAGAACAUAAAGGAUAUGAAAUACAGGCACAAUACCAUAAACGGAGACCAUCUUCCAUCUAUAAAAAAGACAGGAUCUUCAGGAGGAUCCUCUGUGGCGGAAUUUGACAAGGAAUUAUGCAUUAAAGAGACUUCUGAUGACAAUGUUGACAAAUCCACAGAAGAAACCAACGUGGAUGGUAAGGAGUCCCCAGAAUCAUUCUUUCCUUGGAAAGAGCUCGAGUUCCUCGUCCGUGGGGGAGUUCCAAAGGAUCUCAGGGGAGAGGUGUGGCAAGCCUUUGUCGGUGUGAAGACACGUCGAGUGGAGAGAUAUUAUGAGGGGCUGCUUGCUGAAGAAACUAAUACAGAUGAAAGCAAGGAACACAAUAACUCAAAUGCUGCACCCAGAAAAUGGAAAAAGCAGAUUGAGAAGGACAUACCACGAACUUUCCCAGGUCAUCCUGCCUUGGAUGAGCAUGGUAGGGAUUCCUUGAGGCGUGUACUUGUUGCAUAUGCUCGACAUAACCCUUCAGUGGGGUAUUGUCAGGCAAUGAAUUUCUUUGCUGGCUUAUUGCUCCUGAUGAUGCCUGAAGAAAAUGCCUUUUGGACUUUGGUGGGCAUUCUUGAUGACUAUUUUGAUGGCUACUAUACAGAAGAAAUGAUAGAAUCUCAGGUGGACCAACUUGUUUUUGAGGAGUUGAUACGUGAAAAAUUUCCUAAAUUGGUUAAUCAUCUGGAUUACUUGGGAGUGCAGGUGGCAUGGAUCUCUGGACCCUGGUUCCUCUCCAUUUUCAUCAAUAUGCUUCCCUGGGAAAGUGUUCUCCGAGUUUGGGAUGUUCUUCUUUUUGAAGGAAAUCGUGUAAUGCUGUUUCAAACAGCUCUUGCUUUAAUGGAGUUAUAUGGUCCAGCAUUAGUUACAACUAAAGAUGCUGGGGACGCGAUCACUUUAUUGCAAUCACUUGCAGGGUCAACAUUUGAUAGCAGCCAGCUUGUUUUGACUGCUUGCAUAGGUUAUUUGGCAGUAACCGAAGCUAGAUUGCUACAGUUGAGAGAAAAGCAUAGACCAGCUGUGCUUGUAGUAGUUGAGGAAAGAUCAAAAGGGGGAAGAGUUUGGAAGGGUUCAAAAGGGCUUGCAUCUAAGUUGUACAGUUUUAAGCAUGAUCCUGGAUCACUAGUAGAAGAAAAAAAAGUUAGCGAGGGAGAUAAGUCCUUAUUGGAGUCUCACUCAUCUAAUCUGGAUGAUUUGCUCAGUGGCUUAAGUGUUGACCCAGAAGUAGAUUCUUUACCAGAUCUUCAAGAACAGGUGGUUUGGCUAAAGGUUGAGUUGUGCAGAUUGAUGGAGGAGAAAAGAUCUGCCAUACUCAGAGCCGAGGAGCUUGAGACAGCUCUAAUGGAGAUGGUCCAACAAGAUAAUCGACGGCAAUUGAGUGCAAAGGUUGAGCAGUUGGAGCAAGAGGUAGCUGAUCUAAGGCAAGCCCUUGCCAAUAAGAAAGAACAAGAAGCCGCAAUGCUUAAGGUCCUGAUGCGGGUAGAGCAAGAACAGAAGAUAACUGAAGAAGCUCGAAUAGGGGCUGAGCAAGAUGCAGCUGCACAAAGAUAUGCAGUAAAUGUGUUUCAGUUAUGUGCGCAGGAAAAAUAUGAGAAGGCUAUGGCUUCACUUGCUCAGAUGGAACAGAGAGUGGUCAUGGCUGAAUCAGUGUUAGAGGCUACCAUACAGUACCAGUCUGGCAAAGCUAAGGCACAAUCUUCACCAAGGUCAGUGAGCUCCUCUGUGGAAAGUCCCAGAAGAAGGAUAGGCCUAUUUGGCCUCGGCUGGCGUGACCGGAACAAGGACAAAGACAAACCGACUAAUGAUGAUUCUGGCACCAGUUAAUCUAGCAAGAGGGGAAAAACUCGAGCACUUUGUAGAAAGGUAGAAACAACCAAGAAGAGGGGUAGGAGGGAAUUAGGAGACGACUUUUACACCAUUCAUUCUCGGCAAUAUGGCACCUGUUGCUCAAGAACUCACUGAUUUGUGUCUGUAAUUAUGCAUGGACAGAUAGGUCGGAGUAAAGGAGCCUUGUAUCUGCAUCGAUGCCAAAUCAAAAUAAUUAGACAAUUCUUUGCCCUUACAUGAUGAAUUUAUUUGUGCAAGAGUUCCUGGUGGAUCCGUUUUGCUCUCUGACAUGUUUUUAAACCGUCAUGAGACAAAAGAUCCACAGUCGCGACUGAUGCCACAUGUGAUGGUCGGUCUUGGGGCUGGAAAAAAAAAUGUUGAGAUUUUGGCGCUAGGAUGCUGUACGGAUGUAUUAAGAUCAUAAACAUGUUUUAUUGUUUGUGAUGCUCCCAUGCCACCACGUUUCAGGUGAAACAAAUGCUAAUAGUUGCUGGGUUCCAUGUUGCCCCCUUGGCCA